AUGCAGCUGGGGGACCCUGGCGUGCGCAGCAAAUGGAGGGACAUGGUGGGGGCUACCAAGGAGCCGAAUGUCCCCCAGGCUCAAGAGCUUUUGGGCACCAACCGCUCCGUCCUCUUUUUCGGCCACCGAGGCUUUCCGGGCUUCCGAUCCCUCUACCUGGAUGAGUACCGUGACCGGCUCUUCAUUGGGGGGAAGGAUGCACUUUACUCCCUGCUCCUGGACAGGGCCAGCACAGACACUAGGGAGAUCUACUGGCCGCCCCUCCCUGGACAGACGGAGGAGUGUUUUCGGAAGGGGAAGGACCCAGGGACUGACUGUGCCAACUAUGUCCGUGUGCUGCACCCCUACAACCGGACGCACUUGCUGGCCUGCGGGACGGGCGCCUUCCACCCUAUCUGCGCCUUCGUCUACGUGGGGCACCGUGGUGAGGUAGGGCAGCACCGUGCACGUCUUCAGCCUGGAUCCUGCCAGCGUUGCCGGGGCAGGUGCCCACAUGAGCCCAGCCAUGCUUUUGCCAGCACUGUCAUCGGUGGGGAGCUCUACACUGGCCUCACAGCAGAUUUCUUGGGCCGUGAUCCCGGUAUCUUCCGCAGCACAGGGACCCGCUCCGCCUUGCGCACUGAGGUGGACCAGCGCUUACUCAAUGACCCCAAAUUUGUGGCAGCCCACUUGAUCCCGGACAACGAUGACCGGGACAACGACAAAGCCUAUUUCUUCUUCACGGAGAAGGUGGUGGAGACAGACAGCAAGGAGCACGCCAUCGUCAGCCGGGUGGCACGGGUCUGCGUGAACGAUGCUGGUGGUCAAAGGGUGCUAGUCAACAAGUGGAGUACCUUCAACAAAGCCCGGCUGGUGUGCUCUGUCCCUGGCCCCGGUGGCAUUGACACCCACUUCGAUGAGCUGGAGGAUGUCUUCUUGCUGAGGACCAAGGAUGGGAAGAACCCAGAGAUCUAUGCACUCUUCAGCACCAUCAGCCAUGUCUUCCAGGGCUCCGCUGUCUGCGUGUACCGCAUGGCCGACAUCCGGGAGGUCUUCAAUGGGCCCUUCGCCCACCGCGAGAGCCCCCACCACCAGUGGAGUGCCUACGAGGGCAGGGUGCCCUACCCACGGCCAGGCGUGUGUCCCAGCAAGACCACCAACCAGCCCCGGCGGCAGUACGGCACCACCAAGGACUUCCCUGACGAGGUGCUGCACUUUGUCCGUGCUCACCCCCUGAUGUACAAGUCUGUGUAUUCCCAGCACCGACGGCCCCUCCUAGUGAAGACCGACCUGCCCCACCGCCUGCGCCAGCUCGUGGUGGACCGGGUGGAGGCCGAAGAUGGGCAGCAUGAUGUCCUCUUCCUCGGGACGGAUACCGGCUCAGUGCUGAAGGUGGUGGUCCUGCAGAAGACGAGCUUGGCCACGACUGAGGAAGUUGUCCUGGAGGAUCUGCAGGUUUUUAAGGUGCCUGUGCCCAUCACCCAGAUGGAGAUCUCCGUCAAGCGCCAAACGCUCUACGUGGGGUCCAGCCUGGGGGUGGCUCAGGUACAGCUGCACCGGUGCGAGACCUAUGGCAUAGCUUGUGCCGAAUGCUGCCUGGCCAGGGAUCCCUAUUGUGCCUGGGACGGCACUGCCUGCACACACUACCAGCCCUCUGGCAAGCGCCGCUAUCGCCGCCAGGACAUCCGCCAUGGCAACCCUGUGCAUCAGUGUCUGGACCAGAACCUGACUGUGGAUGAUUUUGCGAGCGUUGAGGAGAAGGUGCUGUACGGGGCAGAGAACAACAGCACCUUCCUGGAGUGCACACCCCGGUCCCCGCAGGCCAGCGUGCAGUGGUUUGUCCAGAGGCCCCCUGAUGAGCAGCGGGACGAGGUGAAGACGGACGAGCGGAUCCUGCAGACGGAGCAAGGGCUACUCUUCCGCAAGCUGCACCGCGACGACGCCGGCAUCUACUACUGCAAAACACUGGAGCAUGGCUUCACCCAGACGGUGGCCAAGACAGCCUUGGAGGUGAUCACUAGCGAGCAGCUGGUGCACACCUUUCCCCAGGAGCGGGGGGACGAGCGCCCACGCCUGCCUUGCCUCGAGCCCCGGCUCGCACCACAUGCUCCCAAAACCUGGUUCAAGGACAUCAUGCACCUCAUCAGCUCCCAAAACCUGCGGCGGGUGGAGGAUAAACCUCCGUGGUGGCUGAGCCUGCCACCCCUGCAUGAGGGGAACAAGCCCUACCUGAUCUCGGCGCUGCUGGCCGAGCCCUGUCACAGGGGCAGGAACAGG